GGUACCCUAGGUUUUGUGGUAAGAACUACUAGGUCCUAGUAUUUCUCAAAAUAUAAUCCGGGGGUACCUAAAUUAUCAAAUAAAUAUCCAAGGAGGGACAUUCCAUCCAAAGUCCCGUUAAGCAUAUGAGCUCCGUUCAUUUUAAUCAAACAAUCCAGUGAAAUUCCCUCUUUAGCCCGGCGUUUUACUCUUCGUGGCUUCUUGGUCUUGCGUAGUUGAAACAUGGAAAACCAAGUUUGAAGAAAAGGAAAUCAGUCCAAAAAACCCAGCCUUGCUUCAUGCUUGUUUUGGUUUCAGUUGAAACAUGAAAAUCAGCUUUGAAAAAUUGAGAAACAUCCCCCCAAAUGCAGAAAUCAGCCCCUAAAACAUGUAGAAACCAGCUUCAAAGAAUGCAGAAACCAGCCCACAAAAAACAUAAAGAAACCAGCCCCCCAAAAAUGAAAAAACCAACCCCCAAAAAAUGCAGAAACCAGCCCCUAAAAUAUGCAGAAACGAGCCCCCAAUUGGAGAAGAUGCAGUCAGCACAAACGUGAAAAAAGGGCUUUAUUGGGAAAUAGAGAGGGGCAGGUUAGACAUUUCGAUAUACUUAAAGGUUUUUUGAUGGAAUGUCUCUCAUUGGACAUUUCGAUAUACUUAACGGAGCACACCUCUUAUGGCAUGACCCCCAACCCGGCAUAAAUUGAGUAAAAAGUCCCAACGGUUCAAAGCUCCGGGUCCCCGUAAAGUCCGUAACCUCACACAAGCUUUGAGCAGACUCAACGUCGCCGACGACCUCCAGUCUCCUUUUCCGGCAAUCCACUUCCCGGACGCUCAGAAAGCUUCCUCUUUCAGGAGACCUAGGCUCGAAUUCGUGUAUACGUGAGCAGACGUUAGUAUUUCCGGAGCGUAGUAUACUGUGCAAUCCGCGGAAUGGCUCAGUCCAGGCAGUGGAGCUUCGAAAAUGGCGGCGGAGGAUUAGGUAGAAGCGGCGUCUCUCCUAAUCGCGUGUCGAUUGGGGUUCGAUACCCGGCGCUCAAGCAACAGCAGCAAUCGCGGUUUCUGCACGGCCAUCACCGCCGGUUUAAAGGCCGCCAACUCUCGGCCGGCGCUAUCGUAGCUAUUCUCUCCCUCGUCUUUGUCACCUCCGUCCUCUCUAUUCUAUACUUCGCUUCUCAAAAUAGCGAGUUUGAUAACAGUCGUGCACAGGAUGAUGAAAUUGAAAACAAUACGGAUUUUCUUACUAAUGUCCCGAGAAUACAAAGACAAAAAGACAAUUUUGGACAUGAAUUGACCGACCAUGGCAACGAUGAUGCAUAUGACUCUGGAAUUGAUUCAGAUGAUACAAAUGCAGAAGGAUACAAUGAGGUGGGCCGUGAUGAGAAUGACAAUCAAAUUGUUAUGCAUGAUGAUGGGGCCAGAAACAAAAUAAAGGUCAUUAGGGUUGGCAAAGGCUUAACUGAUUUCUCUAACAAGGACCUCGUUUCAAGCAUUCAACAUUCAAAAAGUGGUGUGAAUGCAAGACGAUCUUCAAGAAAGUCUAAAUAUGAACAGCGGUUAGCAUCAAGGAAGAAAGCAAAGCGACGUCCAUGUGAUAUGAAACUUUUAAACUCUACUGAACUCAUUGUAGAACCUGUAGAGAGCCAGAAAUUUGCCAGAUUUUCGUUGCAGUAUACUGAAAGAGAGUAUCAGCCUAUUGGAGGAAGAUGGGAACCAAGAUUUUCUGGUCAUCAAUCUCUUGCAGAAAGAGAAGAAUCCUUUCUUGCACAGAAUCAGAAAAUAAAUUGUGGCUUUGUCAAAGGCCCUGAAGGAUCUCCAUCUACAGGCUUUGACAUGGUUGAAGAUGAUGCAAGAUACAUUAGCAGUUGCCAUAUCGCUGUUGUUUCUUGUAUAUUUGGAAAUUCAGAUCGUUUGAGAACACCAGUAGGCAAAUUGGUUUCUCGGUUUUCCAGGAAAAAUGUUUGCUUUGUUAUGUUUGUGGAUGAAGGGACUUUACAGACCCUUUCUUCAGAAGGCCAUAUGCUGGAUAGCAUGGGUUUUAUUGGUUUAUGGAAAAUCGUGGUGGUUAAAAAUUUUCCUUAUGAUGACAUGCGGCGAGUGGGAAAGAUACCCAAGUUUUUGUCACACAGACUUUUUACAUCAGCCAGGUAUUCAAUUUGGUUGGAUAGCAAGCUUAGACUGCAGCUGGACCCUCUUCUUAUAUUGGAAUAUUUUCUCUGGCGGAGAGGCCAUGAGUACGCCAUUUCCAACCACUAUGAUCGGCAUUGUGUCUGGGAAGAAGUGGCUCAAAACAAGAAACUUAACAAGUACAACCACACCAUUAUAGAUCAACAAUUUCAGUUCUACCGAGAUGAUGGUCUCGAACGGUUUAAUGCUUCAGAUCCAGACAAGCUACUUCCUAGCAAUGUGCCUGAAGGCUCCUUGAUUGUGAGAGCUCACACGCCCAUGUCAAACUUAUUUUCAUGCCUCUGGUUUAAUGAGGUGGACCGGUUUACACCACGAGAUCAGCUGAGUUUUGCAUAUACAUACUUCAAACUAAGAAGGAUGAACCCUGGAAAACCUUUUUACCUCAAUAUGUUCAAGGACUGUGCGAGGCGAAAGACAGCCAAAUUGUUUCGCCAUCGAGACAUAGUGAACUUGUGAAAAAGCCACGCUACAAUUUGAUGGGACCAAACGCUUAGGCAUAGAUAUGACCUAUUGGGGAAAAAACAACCCUACGCGCUUGCGUGGGGCCCACGGAGAUCGAGAUCUAUAUCGACUAUGCUCGACAGGUGACGCGCCAAUGUAACUUGGCAUGCUUUUUGUUUAAGAAAUGUGAUACUCCCUC